UCCGCGGCGCUGUCGGUUCGGCGGGCGGUGCCCGGACGCAGGUGCCGGCUGAAGCGGAGCUAGCAGAGCUGACGGGCCGGGCCGGGCCGGGACCCGGGCCGGGGCGAACCGAGGGGCCUGCGCGGCCGCCCGGCCCGGCCGCGGAUCAGGCUCCUGGAACCAUGGGCCUUGGGCCCUGAUGACACGAGGUUCCCUGUGGCCAUGACGACGGGUGACUGCUGCCACCUGCCUGGCUCCCUGUGCGACUGCUCUGGCAGCCCCGCCUUCUCCAAGGUCGUGGAGGCCACGGGCCUCGGGCCACCCCAGUAUGUGGCACAGGUGACUUCGAGGGAUGGCCGGCUCCUCUCCACCGUCAUCCGGGCCUUGGACACGCCGAGUGAUGGUCCCUUCUGCCGGAUCUGCCAUGAGGGAGCAAACGGGGAGAGUUUGCUGUCUCCAUGUGGCUGUACCGGCACGCUGGGAGCCGUGCACAAGAGCUGUCUGGAGAGAUGGCUGUCCUCGUCCAACACCAGCUACUGUGAGCUGUGCCACACGGAGUUUGCGGUGGAGAAGCGGCCGCGGCCCCUCACAGAGUGGCUGAAGGACCCAGGGCCCAGGACGGAGAAGCGGACGCUGUGCUGCGACAUGGUGUGCUUCCUGUUCAUCACACCGCUGGCCGCCAUCUCGGGCUGGCUGUGCCUGCGCGGGGCCCAGGAUCACCUGCGGCUGCACAGCCGGCUCGAGGCCGUGGGGCUCAUUGCUCUCACCAUCGCCCUCUUCACCAUCUACGUCCUCUGGACGCUGGUUUCCUUCCGCUACCACUGCCAGCUGUACUCGGAGUGGAGAAAGACCAACCAGAAGGUGCGCUUGAAGAUCCGGGACGUGGAUGCUUCUGAGGGCCCCCAGCACUCCCCACUGGCAGCUGGACUCCUGAAGAAGGUGGCAGAGGAGACGCCCGUGUGAAGAGAGGCUGGUGGGGCCCUGCGGCAGAGAGGCCAGAGGUAGCUGGCGAUGCCCUGGCAUUUGGAAGGACGGAAACUGCCCGACCCUUCCUGCACGGCCAGAGCGCUUCUUAGGCCAAGAGACACCACAUGGAACCUGUUCUGUGAUUCUGUGUGUGAAUCUAUUUUCAGGUUUUUUGCACACUGUUGUACACGACAAGGACAGAUGGACAGGGUGGUCCUGGGCUGCUUUGGAUGGAACAGGCGCUCUGAUCUCAUUCUGAGGUCCAUUUGGCACCUUGUGGGCCAGCAACUGUGGCCAGUGUGUCCAGGGCACCCUUUGGGCUGGAAGGUUCCAGCAAGCUUCUUGCGCUUCUCCGCACCUGGCAGGCUCGCUUUCCUGGCACCCUCGACUUUAUAUAAAGUUGCACUGUGUUUCAAAAACCCACCCCUGAUUGAAUAAAAGGAGCCCUUGCUGGACAAAA